AUGGUGGACGGGAAGGCUGGAGAGGAGAAGCCUGAGAAGCUGCAGCAGACUGGAGCCGCCGGAGGACCUGAAGAAGGAGCAGAAAAACCCGUGAAAACUAAGACUGUUUCUUCCAGUAAUGGAGGGGGAAAUUCCAGUCGCAGCGCUGAGAAGCGAUCAGCUGAAGAAGCUGCAGACCUCCCAACAAAGCCUUCAAAGAUCUCCAAGUUUGGAUUUGCCACAGGUAGUCAGACAACAAAGAAAGCCUCAGCCAUAUCCAUCAAACUUGUCUCAAGUAAGCCUAAAGAAACCGUUCCAACUCUUGCUCCAAAAACGCUUUCAGCAGUAGCAGCUUUUAAGGAAGAUGAGGAUAGUGAACCAGAGUAAAUGCCUCCAGAAGCAAAGAUGAGGAUGAAGACCACUGGAAGGGAUACACCAACAUCAGCAGGACCAAAUUCCUUCAAUAAAGGAAAACAUGGGUUUUCUGAUAACCAGAAGCUAUGGAAAUGAAAUAUAAAAUCUCAUCUUGGAAAUGUUCAUGACCAAGACAAUUAAAUGAUGUGUUUUGAA